GGGGUCGACCGGUAUAAAUUCAACGUGAAAUCGCUGGUCGCCUCUUAAUUUUGAAACAAAUCGUGCUGACCGAUUCUAAUGAACGGGACGAGUCGGUGACAUCAUGAAACCGAGAGUGAUAGGACACAUAUUCUGGAUAGUGCAAUUCGUCGACGUCUGCAUAGGUGCGCCGAGGAUCUUGGCCACGGUUGGUUCCUGUCCUUGUCGAUCUGUCUCCGAAUGCCUUGAUAAAUCCGAGCUCCGUUACAACGACAGCCAGGUGUCGAUAUUGCCUUGUGAAAACGAAGAUUUCGCGAGAUGUUGCCCCACGGUUCCAACAGCAAUCGAAUUUGCAGAGACGAGCGGGAAUGUGCAAGAUCAGAGGAACAAACUCGAGGACGAAGCAGAUUUCAAUGAAAUAUUGAGCGCAUCCGAUUCGAUGCAGGUUGAAGAAACUCUCGAGGGAUCCUCGACGAGUAAAUUGGAACCUGAUGAAUCAUCCACAGAUGUACCCACGCUAAGCUCGAACCCUCGAUCUUACGAAGAUCACAGUGAGCUGAGUGUGAAUGCUACGAAAAAGGAAGACGUUAAUAGUGCUCUUUCUAUUGGAAACUACAAAGGUGUGUCGGAAUAUAUAGAAAAUUCUACGAGUUUUGCGUACGAAAAUCCGAAGCUGCCAUUGCAGCAACACGUUGCACGACGGCAGCAACCUCAGAAGACAGCAUCGACCUUAGAACCGCGACCAUCGUAUGUUAGAAUAUCUAACAUGACUCCAACUCUUCGUUACCGCCCUCAAGUACAAAGUGCGAGACGCGAAGAAUCCACGACAACGAGAAAUGAUCGAUUCGUAAGACCGGUAGUGGGUCAGUUUGCAGAAGACAUCCAAGAGCCAUCGUACAUGGGUCUGAUCAGUCAAGUAACGAGGUUCCACAGUCAUAGGACGUCUCCGAGGAAACCAGUUUCGUUCGAAGGUGUAUACUGGAGGCAGCAAAACAAGAAAAUUAUGGCGAAAGACUUCGACGAUACAUACUCGUAG